AUGCGAGAUGACGAUGACCAGCAGUACCAGCUUCUCAGUCCAUCUGCAUUAACCUAUGAAGUGUCUUGGGCAUUUUUCGGUUAUGAUCCGUGGUGGGUCGAUAAGAUUCUCAUGUGGCUGAUUAUUUAUCAUUUCCGUGUUUUGAUCCAAGAAACGGGGCCAAACAUGGGACAGCCGUGA